GUGGACUUCAUAUAUUUAGCACUUUGCAGUGUGUGGCACAACAUUAAAUUUACCUGAAAUAUGAAGUCAUUAUACUUUACAAUGCAGUUUUUUGGGGUGUAUUUUUUACAGUGUAUCUUUAUCACUGAAACAUGAAUUGUACAAAUCUUUAAUAAAUGUUUAUUCUUUGACUGCAAGCAUUGUGGCGUUCAUCACAGCAGCAUCCCCACCCCAUCUCCGCUCACUAUGGUUAAGUAUGGUUGUUGAUGCAUAUUGGCAAUGCACUCUUAGGUUUUAACCUCAAACCAGCAAGUCACUAAAUGUUAGAUGGUGCGAGGAGAUUUGAAAGGGGGACUUGUUAGGUGUGACCAUAUACAGUCUCAUUUCUGUGAAAUUUAUUGCAUCUUCAUAGAGGAACUAAGUAUCAACAUUUUGACCAGUAGCACAAUCUGCACUGUAUCGUAUCAGCAAACUAAACUGCAGCAGAAAUACAUUGCAAGCUGCAUUGUGAGACUUGCAAUACUUUGUGAGAACAUUCCUGUCCAUUCAGUUUUAACAAAAUGUUUAAUUCAAGCUAUGGAUACAUCAUGAAUUCAACUCUAGAAGUCACAGAUGCUCCUGAAUACUCAAGCAGCGAAGGCUCUGGAGACUUUGACUAUGACUCUGUCACUGAAAGCCCUCCCAGCGUGUCAGUACCACAAUGCAGGGAAACAGCAUGUGUAAUCACAGUUAUUUUAAAAGUGAUUAUUUUCCUGCUUGGUAUCGUUGGAAAUGGAGCGGUGAUCUGGAUUGCUGGUUUUAAGAUGAAGAAGUCAGUUAACACCACUUGGUACCUGAGCCUGGCCUUAUCUGAUUUCAUUUUCUGCAGUACCCUCCCUAUAACCAUUGUCCAUACAGUUACAGACAAGUGGUCCUUUGGCCUCUUCAUGUGCAAGUUCACAUCCUUUAUAAUGUUCCUCAACAUGUACAGCAGCAUCUUCAUUCUCGUCAUUAUAAGUGUGGACCGCUGUUUGACCGUCAAGUUUCCUGUAUGGGCCCAGAAUCAUCGUUCUAUAGUCAAGGCUUCGGUUGUUGUUGCGUUGACCUGGCUCAUGUCGGUUUUGCUUAGUAUACCACCACUGAAAUUCAGAGAAAUUGCUAUUGUGAAAACAAAACCGGUAUGUUACAACAAAUACGGGGGACAUCACAAUCACCAACCUGUUGUGCUCCUUCGAUUUUCUUUGGCCUUUUUAAUCCCAUUGCUCAGUAUUUGUUUCUGCUACUCCAUCCUGAUUUGCAAACUUAGGGCAAACCAAUUAUCCAAAUCCAACAAGCCCUACAAGAUCAUGACACUUUUGAUUGUGACUUUUUUCCUCUGCUGGAUGCCAUUUCAUAUUGUUGCUAUGAUAGAGUUUGGUGCAUCUAAGGGUAGCGAAGCCUUUAAGGCAGCCAUUCACUCAGCCCAAAGAAUAACCGCUACUCUUGCCAUCUUAAACAGCUGCCUAAACCCAUUCCUAUAUGCAUUUAUGGCCAAGGAUUUAAAGAAGAAAUGCUAUUCGUUCCUGUCAAAGAUUGAAAGUGCCAUCGAUGAGGAGACCCGAAGCGGUUUCAAAGGAACUUCUAUUACCAGUACUGGGGAUAGACUGUCCACUGCUGUCUGAAAAUGUAAACGUUUAUGAUAAUAUGAGACAAAACAGAGCAGUUAUAAACGGUAUGUAAGCCAAGAUUUUGUAAACUAAAAAUGGAUACAUUUCUCCAACAAACUCAGAUAUUUUGAGUAAAAGUUAACACCAUAACAUCACCCCCAAACUAGUAAAUCCCAGAUCGAGGACGCUCUUGUUUUUUUAAAGAUGUACAAAUGUAACAAAAAUCUUGUGACAACCAUUAUAUUUCAUUUGCUUUACUGUCAAGUCAAAUUUCAAUCAUUGAUUUCUCUUUAAUUUCAAUCUUUGACAUGACCUUACUGAUGUCAAUAUUAAAUAUUUUUUCUAAUUGUUUUAUAUAGCGCUUUUCACAAUUGGUAAUUGUUUCAAAGCAGCUUUACAUUAAUUGAGGCAGGGGGAAACACAGAAAAAUCGACAGACAACACAAGCAGCAAAAUACAGCGGCUAUGAAUAAACUUUUCAAGCGAGCGUAUAAUAAUGUAACGUAUAGAAGAGGUGCUAAGUUACAACAAUCUCGGCUGACUCCCCGGGGUUGAAAAACCCCCUAGGAGAAAAACCAGGAGGGACAAAAAUCCUAGGAGGAAAAACCCUUGAGAUAUAUAUUACAUGAUGCAGGAUGGUGUUACAUUUGGUAGAAAAUCCUUACAUUAUUUCCAUAUAAAAUACAUUCACAAUAGCACUUUAGUUUUGUUGAAAACAAAUGUAAAGAAUUUGACUCAAACUGUAUUAAAAAUAAGGUUGAUACUUUUUAUCUUUUAAUGUCUAAGCUGUAUAAGAUGUAUAGAUCAGAUGUAUAAGCUGUUGCCUUUCUGAUGAGCAUUACAUUUUUUAUUUUAUUUGUGUAUUUACACUUGUGUAUACUGUACAUCCUAUGUAUCUGUCUACCCGUCUGCCUAAAUAUGAAACGUCUGUCAUUUUUACCCACAUGGCGUUCAAAACAUAUUGUUAUAAGUUCUAAACUGUUGCUUUAUAAACUCUAUAACGGGAUUAUUGUAAUUUGAAUGGGGUAAAUGGAUCAUGAAAUCUGUUAUUGCCAAAAGCUUCUGUUUUUCAUCUUAAAGUUUGUCAACAAAGGAUCAACUGCUUUGUUUUGAUUUGUUAUGUAAAAACCUCACCAAGAAAGUACGCAAGAGACAAUUUUAGUGCAGUCAAAACAAAAAAAUCAGGAGCUCUAUAUAAAUCAAGAAAACAAUAAGAAAACUGCAAAUCAGACAUAGGAUAUAGUACAUACAUUUAUUGAAUACUUGACUCAUAAUUUGAGGGAUUUUUGAUGUACAUAUACUGUAGCUGUUUUACUAAUGUUUUUGUUCUAAAAAGCACUGAAGGCUGAAAGAUCUGCGUUUUUAAGCAAAGUUGUGUUUGCGUGUGUUUGUUUGUUUGUGUAUUGUCUGAGAGGAGAAAUACAUUUAUGUUGUAUUUUGUUUAUUCCAAUUAUUACAGUAUUUCAUUUAUUUUAAAUAACAUAUUCUUAUCUACUGUAUAUAUGUAUUUACUAAAAUUUACUAAUUUUUAUAUACUAAUUUAAUUUGCUAUGUUAAUUUGUUUUAUCAUUCAUUUUUUAUCAUUAUUGCUGUUUAAUCUUAAAGGAAUAGUC